AUGUUAGGUUUGAUCGAACUUCGACGAAUUGAAGCCGCUGAAGGUAUUGCAAAUCAAUUAUCAAAAUCAAGAAAUAUUGUCUAUUUACCACAUGGUCCUCGAAUGUUACUUAACAUUAUUGGCGAAAAAGGAGAUCAGAUCAACAAUUCUCUUGAUGUUAUUAAAGAUUCGAGUACGAUUGAAAUGAUGAAUUUCGAUAAUCUCUUUCGAUGUUUUAUAUUAACUCAAUCAUUUGUACGUGGUUGGGGAAAUACGUUUCAUUUACAAGAAAUUUUUACCUAUCGACGUGAAAAAAUUGGUGUACGAGAUGAGUGUUUAGAACUUGUACCAGCUGAAAAUAUUUCAUCUCAAAUAGCUACAGCUCAUUUUCAACUUGUUCUAUCAUGUGAUCAUCAUUUUGAUAUUGAUUCAAUUCCAAUAGGAAUUUGUUAUACUGAAACAGAUGAUCAUGGUUUUAGUCGACCAAGGUUAUUUACUGCAGUCCCAUUAAUUAAUCAAUAUCCUAUAGGUUCAAUUCUUCUUGAAAAUCCAUAUUAUGGUUUAAGAAAACUACCAGAUCUACUUCAUUGGUGUCAAAAAACGAAAUUAACAUAG